UGCAUGUUUUGCUGGGCUUUUCACCGAGAGGACGGGCGACGAACGGCUGGGAUGUUUUCAAACCGAGCGAUGAACGUCACACAGCCGUAGGCUACGGUUAACGUCCAAUAUUUAGGAAAUAACUGUUUAUAUUGCGCAAUAUUCAUAUAUAGCUGGAGCUGAAUGAGUCGGUGGGAGCCUGUAACCCAGUGAAAAGGUGCAUGAUGAACCUACUGUGCUGUAGCUGUCACAGCUAGUCAGGUGCCACACCAUGGCCAAACCUGGGAGCGACAGAGAUGGAGCCAUGGUGGAUAAGCAGGCGGGGAAGAAGAGCAAAGACAAGUUGUCCCCUUUCACCAAAACUCCGAAGCUGGACCGGAGUGAAUUGCUGGGAAAGGAAGGGAAAGCCAAGUCUUCCAUGAAGCGCAAGCUCUCCUUCACUACCAGUCCGCUCCGGACUGAGGAGCGAGACUCUGACACCGAUGACUCAGACCCAGGCCAGUCGAGUGAGACCUGGGGAGAGAGAUUAGUGCCUCCCUGCAGGAUAUACGCAGAUAAAGAUGGACCAGACAAGAAGAAGGUGAAAAAGGAGGCUGGGGGAAAGAAGUCCCAGGCCAACCUUUUGUUUGGGUAUCCUCUGUCAGAGCGCAAACAGAUGGCUCUGCUAAUGCAGAUGACUGCCAACAGUCCAGACUCAACUCCCAGUCACCCCUCACAAACGACACCCGUGCAGAAGAAAGUCCCCAGUAGCGCCUCGUCUCGACAGAAGGACAAGGUCAACAAGAGGAAUGAGCGAGGGGAGACUCCCCUUCACAUGGCUGCCAUCCGGGGAGACGCCAAACAAGUUAAAGAGCUCAUUAGCCUGGGAGCUGAUGUCAACGUCAAAGACUUUGCAGGUUGGACUCCUCUUCAUGAAGCCUGUAAUCUGGGCUACUACGAUGUGGCCAAGGUCUUAAUAGCAGCAGGUGCAGAGGUGAACACGCAGGGGCUGGAUGAUGAUACGCCACUCCAUGAUGCCUCAAGCAGUGGACACAAAGAUAUUGUGAAACUGCUACUGCGACAUGGUGGUAACGCCUUCCAGGCAAACAAGCGUGGCGAGCGCCCGGUGGACGUGGCUGACUCUCAGGAGCUGGAACAGCUAUUAAAGGGAGAGGUGCCACUGUCGGACCAAGACGACAGUUCUUCAGAGUCUGAAGACCCACCAUCUGUCAAUCCAUCCAGUGUUGAUGACAACAUGGACGACUCUGAUACUGAAAAGGACUCAGAUGGCAAACUGGCCACAAAAGCGUCGUCAUCCAUGCCAGGACUGGAUGAGUACGAGUUUAAGGAUGAGGAAGAAGAGGAGGAUCUCAGUAAGGCCCUGAAUGACAGACACAUCCUCCGGAGGGAACUACGGCAGCGGGAGAAGGAGGAAAAAGAUAGAAAUCAUGUGGCAGGAAAGCAGAGCAGCAAAGGGGAUUCCUCCUCCAAGUCCAAGAAGCAGAAGACACCCCGUGUCCCCUGCAGCUCUGAUACCUCUAGCGAUGAAAUGGAGAGCCUUCCAGAGAAACGGAGUUCCCCCACUUGCUCUCAGAGCUCAGAAAGCAUCAAGGUGGACACAAGGUCUAAAAAGGAGGCUGCUGAGCAAAAGGACAAGGGCAAAGUCAAGAGGAAGAGUAAAAGCCAGAAUAAAAACAAGGAAAACCAAGAGGAUGGGAAAGAGAAUAGCAAAACAUUGGUCCUCUCUCUUGCAACAGUGUCCGAGAGCUCAGAAAAGGGUCGGGAGGAAGACUCAUUCAAGAUGUCUUUCAGUCCUAAAGAUGACUCAUCCGUCCACCUCUUCCAUUUGUCAUCCAUAAAGUCUCCAAAACUGAACCACAGCCUGACAGAUAAACAAACACCACUCAAACAGGAAAAUACUAAGAUGUGCAUUUCCAUCAGUGACAGCUCAUGUCCGGUGGACAGUGUCAAAUACAACCACUACGCAGACGCAGACUACUGCACUGAAGGUUCCAGCACCAAGGGGUGCAAGCACAAGGAAAAGAGCAAACACCAACAAAAAGACCCCAGUGUAGAUGGGGACGACGGUCAUUCAAGUCCUUACAAAGACGGUAGCAUAGGAAACAGUAUAGACAGUGCUGAAGGUGCCUUACGGAAGAGUGACUUGGAUGGCAAAGUAGUAAAGAAGCAUAAACUUAAACACAAGGAGAAAGACAAACACAGGCGGGAAUAUGAGGCAGAGCGGAGCCGACACAGGCAAAAAGAAGCCAGGAAAGACAGCCACAGGAAUUUGGAGUUUGACAGAGAGUUCUGGAAAGAAAAUUUUUUCAAAAGUGAUGAGACGGAUGAUUCUCUGCCAGUGAAAAAGGAAGGUGAAGACAACAGCUCACUUCAGAAGACCUCUGAUUCCUCUCCUGUCAAAGACGAGAGGAACACAAAGGAGAAACACUCAAGCAGCAAAGACAAGAGGCCGAGAGAGGACAGAGAAAAAGACAAGGCUGUGAAGAAAGAGCGGAAGGAGGCUGCUGGUAAAGAAGAGAAGGUAAAGGAUUCGAAGCUGAGUGAGCGUGACGAGAGAGUGGACUGCCACGGCUCAGGGCGGAUUCCUGAGGAGACGCUGCAAAGCAACAGCAUGAAAGAAGAGACAGAAGAGAAACCCAUAAGCGGGAUCACAGCUGAUCAAGAACAGCUGGAGCCCUCUGAAAAAGGCUCACGCGAGAAAACUGACAAGAGGAUCCCAGGAAAGGAGAAAGAUUCAGAAAAAAUGGAGAAAAGGCAUCCUGACAAGGAAAAAAAGGUGAAAACAGAGCACUCUGACAAAGCUGAACCACAGAAUUCAGUGGAUCGUUGGAAGGACAAAGAAAGAAUGGGAGCAAUUUCUUCCCACUCGCCUGGAGAUAAAAACUACAAAGAGAAUGAAAAGCUGAAAUCUUUAUCCACAACGAAAAAGCAUGAGGAAAGCAGAAAAAAUAAAGAUAAGUUUGAAAAACGGUCUGAUAGGGAGAGACAGGAUAGAGAGUAUAGUGUUGGGGAUCACAGGGAAAAGGAACGCACAAACUCUGAUAAGAAAGGAAAACUUCUGGAGAAGACUGCAGAUCAUAGUAAAUCUGAUCGUUCAAAAGAGAGAGACUGUGACAGGAAAAAGAGAGACAAAAUAAAAGAUGGGACCGCUUCCAAUCUGAAGUUACUAUUAGAAGAGAAGAAGAGCUACCUGUCGGAAAGCAGCAAGUCCUUAUCUAUGAAAUCUAAGGAGGAAGUUGUGAGAACACCAGACAAGGAUCGUGACCGGAGAGACCGGGACAGAGACUCAGAUAAACACAAGGACAAGGAUAAGGACCGGCACAAAGACCGCUCCCAGCAGGCCAAGAUCAGCAAAGCUAAACCCAACGAAACAGAUGCAGACAAGGCCAAAUCAAAAGCCUCGCCUGCAACACGAGACACUAAGCCCAAAGAGAAGAGGCUUGUGAAUGAUGACUUGAUGCAGACCAGCUUUGAGCGAAUGCUCAGCCUCAAGGACCAGGAAAUUGAGCAAUGGCAUCGCAAACACCUGGAGAAAAUCAAACAGAAAGAGCGGGAAAGACUUAAACAGCGGCCCCUAGCAGAUCCGGUGAAGUCCAAGCCUAAAGACCGAACUAAGACUGAACCAUGCUUAAGUAAAGAGCUCAUGCGCUCAAAAAGCUCUGAAUCAUCUGAUAUCCACAGCAGAGAUAAACCUUUGAAGGACGGCACUAGUCCCAGAACAAUGUCGCUUGAUGGGAAGAGCCUGCCCUCUAUCAGCGCAAAGGUCAUGUCAGCGGUGGAAAACUGUCUAACCAGAUCACCGAGGCCAGAGAGUGAACGCUGCGGCCUCAUGUCCAGGUCCGUGUCCCUGGUUUCUGUUGCCAGCUCAGAGGAUUCAUGUCAGGCGACAACAUUAACACCCAGACACGUUGAAUACGACUCUGACAUGAACAUGGAAGCCUCAGACUCUCAGCCUGCAUUCCUCCAGUCUUCCCUCGUCAUUCAAGCCACCAGAUCGCCGUCUGUUCACGAUAAAGAUUGCAACAGUCUUCCAGAUGUGCCGCAAAGUAAUCGGACGCUGCUGUCCGGCAGACAUGAAUCACCAUACCUCAGGGCUAUUCUGGACGAGGAUGCCAACUCAUCGACUGAAGUUAAAGCUGUUGAGAAUCUGCCAAAACCCAUCCAGCCUACAGAGGAGAUCAGACAAAGAGAGACCUCCACGGAAACAGAGGAGAGUCUCACGAGUCAACCAAGUACGAAUUCUGUCGCUGAUUUAGUCCCAGAGCAAGAGGAGGGUUUCCCACCCCAAGUGUCUAACAAAGACAAUGAGAGUAAUAACAUGACACAUCCAGAGUGUAGUGGCUCUCAAACCGGGUUAAUGGAGCAAAAAACUGAUCCUCUUGUUGUGAAGGACAUCCAGUGUCUGACAGAGAAUUCACAGGCAGAAUCUGAUGACAAAGACUCUGAUCAACCAUCAUUACCUACAGCUUGUGUAACUGAAGAGCUUUCAACGCUCACAAACACAAAAACCUUCCAGCAAAGGGAACCACUCACUGUUUCUGGUGGGGAGAGUGUGCAGCAGACAGAAUUGGGUACCUCACACGUUGCUGACAAUAAAGACAAACCUCUGGAGAGUUCUGAUCGAGCAGAACAGGAGAGCAUUGAAACCGUUUCAGAAAACUUCAGACCAGAGGCUGUUGGAAGUCCUGUCCCGUCCACCAGUUCGCACAUUCCCAGCUCCACUUCUGGGGAGUUGUUGCCAGGCUUUAGCAAGACGAGCUCAGAGCCUGAAUGUCCUCCAGAAGACAUGGAUAUAGAUAACCAAGACUGCAAGAAAUCAAGACCUUCCAGUGACGCUGCAGGCUCAUGUCUCGAUGCUCAGGUGGAGCAUAAGGACAGUAUGCCCUCGAGCCCUGAACACAAAACUGAAGAGGUGGCUGAUGUAGUGCAGAGCUCCGAGAACAACAGUGGUGCUGCUGUUUCUGCUCCAAUAGAGAGUUUAUCGGUUGAGGGCAGCCUGGCUACAGAGAGCUCCUCUGAAUAUAAAGCAGAGGCCAGCUCAGAGCCGAUGGAGGUGACCCCUGCUGAGGAGAAACCAGAGUCAUCUGGAGAGGAGCAGAGUCAAAGCGCCAUCCAGUCAGCAGCUCAGACUUACUCCAGCUGCAGCGGCAGCGGAAGCAGCAGCAGCAGUGCCUCAGGGAGCUCCUCGCCUCAAUCUGGAGACCGGGAUUCAGAUUCUUCAGGGGCUAAGGUCAAGGUUCGUUCUGCAGAUGAGGACAUAGACGUCCACGUGCCUCAUCCUCGCAAGAGAAAGAUGCCCAAAGUAUCGUCUUCCCAGUCCUGCUCAACAACGCAACAAGAGAAGGAGAGAGGCCAGCAGUCCCUGGCUGCUAUUGUGGACUCUGUGAAGCUGGAGGAGAUUCAACCCUACCAGACAGAGAGGGCCAACCCUUACUACGAGUUCCUGCACAUCAGGAAGAAGAUCGAGGAGAAGCGCAAAGUGUUGUGCAGUGUCACCCCACAACCACCACAGUAUUAUGACGAAUAUGUGACCUUCAACGGAUCCUACCUCUUAGAUGGGAACCCACUAAGCAAGCUCUGUAUACCAACAAUAACUCCACCUCCAUCAUUACCUGAGCAGCUAAAAGAGAUGUUCAAACAACAAGAGGUCGUCCGAAUGAAAUUACGACUACAGCACAGCAUUGAAAGGGAAAAGCUGAUUGUUUCAAAUGAACAGGAAGUCUUACGAGUCCAUUACCGGGCAGCAAGAACACUGGCCAAUCAGACUCUGCCUUUCAGUGCCUGUACAGUUUUAUUGGAUGCUGAAGUAUACAACAUGCCUCAAGAUGUCCAGAAUGAUGAUGGCAAGACGUCAGUGAGAGACAGAUUUAACGCCAGGCAGUUCAUGUCCUGGUUACAAGACGUUGAUGACAAGUUCGACAAAUUGAAGACGUGUCUUCUGAUGAGGCAGCAGCAUGAGGCGGCGGCCCUGAACGCUGUCCAGCGUCUGGAGUGGCAGCUCAAACUACAGGAGCUAGACCCGGCCACCUACAAGUCCACCAGUAUCUUCGAGAUCCCUGAGUUCUACAUACCACUCGUGGAGGUCAAUGACGACUUCGACCUCACUCCGAUAUGAGCCGCAGGACAGACGUGCUUUGCCACAGUGGUGGCCAUAUCACGGAUCCGAGAGGCAGCCCGCACAUUCAAGGAAAAGGAAAUGUGAAGCACUUAGAAUGUGGCGGUAAUACAGAAGAGCACUUAGAAAAGAGAUGAUUUAACUCCCGAGCUCUUGCAGUCCAAAACGGCACGCCCACCACGAGAACGGGGGAACGAGGACAGACUGUUCCUCGUACAGAGAAAAGGGGGGUCCAGGCCGCGGAGGAAGCCCAGGGAGCAGAGACCAAAAGCUGGGUGAGGCGGUGCAGGGAGCUGCAGCGAGACGCGACGUGUAGACGACAACCACCUGCUACUGCUCCUCAUCACGCAGGGUCACACAGCUGAAAGAAUUCAAUUGUUUUCAAAGUGAGUGUUCAUACAUUGUGUACAGACUGUGCUCUUAAUUUUUUAACUUAUUUUAUACAUAAACAAUUGUGCAUUUGUAAAUAGUCAUGUAAUUAUUAUUUUAAACCUGUAAAAACAAAAAAUAAUAGAUAUUUUGAUUGUAAACUUGUUCCGUCUCAUGUUUUAAUGGACCAAAGUUUGUUUUUAUAUCGAGUGUCCUCUUCGUCCGUGAUGUUCUCGUUGUUGUUGGCUUAAACUCUUAAGCAUGUGUUGGCUUUUGUUGUGUUUUUUGUUUUUACUGUUUUCUCUUCCUUCCUCAUCUGGAGCUCCACGCCACAGCUGGUGUUUUUUGACUUUGGCAAUUAAAUGCUGUGCAUGCGUUGCGUUGUUUGUACUUUUUUCCUAAAAAGCUGUACUGUGGACAUAAUUGUGAGGUUUACUGAAGUGUUCCAGCUUUUUUUGCGCCAUUGUGUUUCUGUCCUUUUUGCGGCCUCACUCCUCAUGUGUUGUCCAUUGUGUCUCGCGCACAUUAAAGUCUGUUGUGGCUUCCAAGGAAAAAAAAAACAACUUUUACAGUUUCAGUGUGAGAUCACAACAAAACCUAUUUUUUCAACAUAAUGCCUUUUGAACGAUAGUUCUAAAAAAUGUCUAUUUUAAUAUUUACUUGUUACAUGACUUGUACAUAUUUGUAAUAUAUAAUUGAAUAAAUUUUAUUUGUUGUGAAAUUAAAA